UUUUUUCAUCAAUGGCGUUUUACAAGAAACAUUGCUGUAUGCUGGUGUACACAUCACAGCAAUAUAUUUAACAUUAUUUUUUUAAACGGUGGUAUAUAUACAGUCAGCUGUUAAAUCAUUAAAAUAAUAACACAAAGCCACUAUUUGAAUAAUGUAACCAAUGAGUUUGCCACUGUUUAGGUCAAAUACACCCCCAUGGUGUGUGAACAAAAAAUAUCAAAACAGUUGGGAUUGUGUUGAAAUUUGUUUUAUCGCUGUGAUAUAUACAGCAAAGGUAAAACAGUCAACCAGUGCAUUUCUUGUAAAGAUGUUCUGUGACUCUUACCCUUUUUCAGAAAAGAUGGCACAAAUUACACUUUGGAGUAACAAGCAUUCAAAAUAACCACCUUAUUUGUCGUAUUUGGCAUUAGAGUUAUUAAACAGACAGAGUUUAUGUAACAUUUGUAUUAAACAUUUUUCAACUCAUUUCCUGAGCCCCAUUUGCAUUAAUACUCUUAAUAUUUAAAUUUCCUAACUGUUUACUCUAUGCAUUUUCACUUGUAUUUCUAAGUCAUAAUUGUUAACGGUCGUGUUUGUUGUUCGUUGUAGCCCUAGUUGAGUGAUUUCUAGUGUAGAACCCUUCGUAAUACCAUUAAUUUGUCUUGGAAUAUUUCAGUGAUUUCCAAGCAGAUAGGUCUGUUUUAUCUACUAUGCAUUUGUGUGCUUGAAACCAUCAUGUCUUCUCUGAUCCCUGCACUUUUGGUUAAAAUACUAUUUGUAUACAGUAUGGUUUUAGAGGCUAUUUUUCCCCCCACAGAGCUGCCUAGGACAACUAAGAGUGUACAUAUCGGUGUCAUAUUUAUAUCUUUUGAAUCAACUGAGAUUCCUAAUCUGAUUUCUCUAGAUCACUUGUUCAUGUGCUCCCACGUUGCUGUUCUGGGUUGUCAGGUUGAGGAACGCUAAACAUGGUGUGGUUUUCAUUUGGAUUUCAGUUACUCAACAGAACCACCACCAUUGUGACAUCAUCUACAGCAGUACAGUAAACUUACAAUUACCAUUUUGUGACCAAGGAGGUAAUGCAGCAGGGAAUAAGUGCGGGUGACUUCAUUGAGAAUGCGGAGUUCUCUGGAAACAUGUAUGGAACAAGCAAGGCAUCAGUGCAGGAUGUGCAGGCCAAGAACCUGAUCUGUAUUCUGGACAUCGACAUGCAGGGGGUGAAGAACAUCAAGAAAACCGACCUGAACCCCAUCUACAUCUCCGUGCAGCCACCCUCCGUGGAUAUUCUUGAAAAGAGGCUGCGGGACAGGCAAACAGAAACUGAAGAGAGUUUACAGAAGCGACUUGAUGCAGCGAGAACUGACAUUGAGAUCAGUAAAGAGCCUGGUCUUUUCGAUAUUGUAAUUAUUAAUGAUGAUUUGGAAGAGGCAUAUGGAAAAUUAAAAUCCGUUCUCAUUGAGGAAAUUGAGAAGGUCCAGGAAUGCAAUAAGUCCUAACAUGGAGAACUUGAGACAGCUACCUUGCAGCCAUUCCUGAUAAACAGCUAACCAGCCUUCCAUUCCAGUGUAUAACAUUCCCAUAGCAGCUUUCCCUUCUUUCCAGUAAUAUUUAUUAUAAUUACUCUCACUUUAACAAAGGGACUUCCACAUAUUUUGAAGGUUUAUUUAUCCUUUUAUUAUUUCUAGGUUUAUAUGUAUUGUACAUUUAUUUAGCAGCCCUUCUUGUCCACU